UUCAUCGACAGUCAUGUCUGUCCCCAACAGAGGCCCUGAGCUUCAGGUCGUAUGCUAUACUCUUGCCGUUUCCUCAGUGAUAGCAGUCGCACUACGUAUCUAUGUUCGCGUGCGCUUGGUCAAAAACUUUGGAUUGGAUGACUGGUUCAUGUGCAGUGCUCUUAUCACAUUUCUCCUAUUCGUCAUGUCGGCCCUCCUUGGUGUGAAGCAUGGCACAGGUCGACACAGAGACGACCUCGACCCUCAUGACUUUCAGCAAGCAAUGAAAUGGUGGUGGUGGUGCUACUUAUGGUACUGCCUCACGAUGAUAUCUUCAAAGAUCUCAAUUGGCUACCUACUCCUCCGCAUCACGACACGAAAACUCGACGUAUGGAUCCUCUACGGCGUCAUGGCCAUUACUGUCUGCACCGGAGUCGUCUUCUUCUUCGUCACUCUCUUCCAAUGCACGCCGAUCUCGUACUUCUGGAACCAAGACCAACCCGGAAAAUGCGUCAAGCCUGAGGUCAUCAUGGCCCUCACCUAUCUGUACAGUGUGUUCAGUGUUAUAUCAGACUUCACUUGUGCUAUUCUACCAAUGUUCUUGGUGUUCAAGCUCAACAUGGGAAGGAGGACGAAGCUGGCUCUGAUUCCUAUCAUGGCUAUGGCCUGCGUGUUGGUAUACCCUCGUUAUUACAAGAGACAUUGGCUCACACUUUACAGGGCAAGCGCAGCUGUCGUCGUUCGAUUCCCUUUCGUCAAAGAUUUCAAGAACCCAGACUUCUUAUGGGCAACAAUCGACAUCGCCAUCUGGUCGACAACAGAACAGGGCCUGGCCGUCACGGCCGGGUCUUUGGCAACGCUGCGGCCUUUGCUUCGAUUACUCGGCCGCAAGCUUGGCAUAACGACAUCGGGACGGUCUGAGUUGCGGGACACUGAUCAGCCAAUGGGCUCGGGGGGGUUCAGGCCUUCAAAGGGAACCAACGGCAGCGGCAAUAAGCAUCGCGAUCUUUUUAGCCUCGCCACAUUCGCAAGGGAGGACGACCUGGACGGCAACGGGCGAGACGGCCAGGCAGCUUACGCUGGGGAGCACCAUUUCCAGAGUAGAUCGUCUGCUGAGAAGGGAGUCUCGGCGUGGAGGUCGAGGGACAAUGAGAGUGAGGAGGAGUUGACAGGACAGGUUGGAAGUGACAAUUCGCGGAUCGUCAAGGUGACAACCUUUGAGAGAAAAUAUGUUGUAGUAAAAUGA